CGUCGUAUUUUCCUCCCCUCCACAGCCUGCUUUAACGCUGAGAGCCACUCGAAAUAAACAAGCGCAAAAAGAGGGGGCCGCCGUGAAGACCGGGUCUGUCUCCGGUGUCACGUUUAUCACCAGGACAGAGGGGGCUUACACCUAUAACUUGCCAUCAGUGAAGCCCAAAAUUUCUGCCUCCACUGAGCCCAUAUCAUUGUAAACUUUUUAUAUCCUGCGCUGCAUACACUGAGCUCCGACAAAGCGAGGUUUUUCCUUUAAAACUGAAGUGAGAACUACAAGUGGACCCAUGGACAUGUCCCGCUGUCCUCCUUCCCCCGUGCCUGGUCUAUAGUCAACCAGAGACGACCCAUAUUCUCUCUCACACUCUGCUCUCAGCCAUUUGAACGACCCCCCCACCCACCCUGUGGUCACAUCAUGGCCAGCAAGAGGAAGUCUUCGACUCCUUGUAUGAUCCCCAGCAAGAUCAUACGCCCAGCAGAGGAGGUCGAUGAGGACUCUGCGGUUCUUCUCAGACAGUCCAGGAUUUCUGGAGGAGAUCGACAUAGCCCGUUUGACCCAGGAGAGUCUUCCAAACCGGAGGCGGAGGACACUGUCCAAGAUAGUGCUGGCACUUACACCUGUAAGCCUUGUAACUUUAAAACCCACGACCUUAACUUGUUCUUGGAUCAUGUGUACUCCGGGCACCAGGACUUUCGUGCGGACCCCAGCUUCUUUUGCGUGAGUUGUGGGGUUUCGGCACCCAAAUUUGAGGGUUUGGCACUGCAUAACGCUAGGGUUCACCCCAGCACGCUGAACACGACUCUGCAGCUGAGGAAGAGGGACAGGAGAGUCGUGGUGGAGCAGAAUCUGGUGUCUGCUGCAGAGACAGGGAAGGAUAGCGAGAUCUCCAUCACCAAAACCCCAAUAAUGAGGAUGCUAAAGGGCAAAUCUGAGUCCAAACGGAUAGUGGUGUCUCACCCCGUCUCCGAUGAGCCUUCGUCAGACCCACACUCUGUGUCUGCAUCCAGAGAGACUGAGAGAAAAGAGCCUGCUGCUGUUACAGUCACUCAUGUUCCCACAAUUGUCCACAAUGGAACGACCAAGGUCACUCUGCCCUCAGCAAUCCAGAUAGUCAACGGAUCUGGAGCAUUACCGAUGCUCAAGACUCCCAUCACACAGGUGGUCUCAGUUGUUCAAAACAGAAGCCUUCAUCAAUCUGCACCAACCACAGCCUCUUCAAAUAUUUCCUCCACUUCAUACUCGACCUCCAAAAAUCUCCCCAAGGUGAUGAUUCCUUUGAGCAGCAUCCCCACCUACAGUGCCUCCAUGGACUCCUCCUCUUUCUUGAAGACCUCCUUCAGUAAGUUCCCGUACCCCACAAAGGCGGAGCUCUGCUACCUGACUGUGGUCACAAAGUUCCCUGAAGAGCAGAUCAAGAUCUGGUUCACAGCCCAGAGACUCAAACAAGGUAUCAGCUGGUCUCCUGAGGAGAUCGAGGAGGCCAGGAGGAAGAUGUUCAACACCAUCAUCCAGACUGCGCCUUCCAGCUCACACAACCAGACCCAGAGUCACCACAGCCCAGCCCAACACACAAUCACAGUCCUGCCCGCCUCACUGGGGGCCACUGGGAUCCCUCACAUCCUGCAGGGCUCUCUUGUCAGCCAAGGAGGAGUAAUCGUCACGCAGCCUGUAAUGGCAAACGGCAUCCAGGUCAGCAGUGCUCCUGUGGCCCUGGCUGUCACACCGAAGCCCCAGGCAGCAGCCCGCCCCAUGAUGCAAGCCCGACCUGCUGCAGCGCUGGUGGCAGACAAAGGCAUCAGCAUGGUGGUGGGGACGGUGGGCAGCAGCAGCAGUGGCGGGAGCAGCAGCAGCAGCAGUAAUAGUAGUAGGAGUGGGAGAGCGGGCACUAGCAGUAUUAUUACUAGCAGCCAAGCAAGUGUCAUUAACCUCAGUCUGGGAAGCAGUAAUCUUAGUAAUGCCAAGGUCAGCAGUCUCAACGGUAAACACAGCAGCGCUAAUGCAGACUGCAAGAACAAGAGCAAUAGUAAUGUCACCAGCCACGUGAAUGCUAAGAACAUUGAUAUCAGCAAAGCCAGCAACACCAACAUUGUGCAGAGUGACGACAAAGUAACUGCAGAAAGAAAAAACUCCACAGACAGCAAAUCAGGCAAAACAGGCAAAGCAGGCAGUGAUGGACAGAAAAGCAAAGACACCAAUGGUAGCAGCAACAGAAAUCACACAACUAGCACAAGCACAGAUGAUGUCGAGCCCCCCACCAGCGACUCUCCGACCAUCAAAAUGGAGGAGGCGUCUUCGCCUGCCUCAAAGUCGUCUUCCCCCUCUCCUGCAGCUCCUUCAAGCAGCACGUCUGGCUCCCGGACACCAGUCAACGCCUUCCUGGACCCCAGUUUUUACAAGGGCAAGAAGUCUCAGGAGCAGCUCAACGCUCUGAAGGACAGUUUUCAGGUCAGCCAGUUUCCCGACCAGGAGGAGGUGGACCGCCUCAUUUCUCUGACUGGGCUCACGGUACGAGAAGUCCGCAAGUGGUUCAGUGACCGGCGUUACCACUAUCGCAACCUCAAAGGUUCGCGCUCCAGCACAGGUGGACAGAGUAAGUCUGGCACAGCGGGCGCAGGGGGCGGUUCAGGUACGCCAGGGAGCGGCGCCGCUGGCAGUGCCCACCCUGUUGACUUGUCUGAAAGUAGCAGCAACUCCGGCGCGAAAACGCCCCAGCACAGCUCUGCACCCCUGAGCCCGACUACAUCACAGACUCCCACGUCUCCCACCACACCUUCACGCAGGCUCCCUAGACCCCCUUCACCCGACUUCACAGCUAUCCGCUACAAGGAGAGAGAACCUCAUCAGCUAAAGGCUCUAGAGGCCAGUUUUGUCCAGGACCCUGACCCAGCAAUGGAGGAAGUGGACAGACUGCGAUCUGAAACCAAGAUGACCAGGAGGGAGAUCCACGGCUGGUUCGCUGACAGGAGAAAGAGAAUGGCAGCUGAGAAAAAGAAGGAGGAGGCGGAGCGGGCGAUGAGAGAGGAGGAGGUGGAGGAGAUGGAGGUUGACGGGGAGGAGAGACAGAAAGAGGACGGGUCAGGGGGACUGAAAGUCAACCCUAUUAAAAUCAAUCUGAAGAUGCUGAAGGUGACAGAGGCCAACGGCAAAGCAGAGGGUGAAGGGUCGCAUAGUCCGCUUCAAUCCAGCAGCACACCUGCAUCCUCCCCUGGCCCCACUCCAUCCUCCACCCCAAAACCAUCCCAGUCCUCCACCCCAACACCCAAAACAUCCCACUCCCCCAAACCCACAGCCGUCCGAGGUAAGAAGACAGCUGAGCAGCUGCAAACACUCAAACAAGUCUACGCCCGUACGCAGUGGCCCAGCGCCACUCAGUAUGAUGAGAUGAUCUCAGCAACGGGACUGCCCAGACCCGAGGUCGUGCGCUGGUUUGGCGACUGCCGUUAUGUGCAGAAGAACGGCCAGCUGAAGUGGCUGGAGACUUACCAGAACAUGGCUCUGGAAGAGGACCUCCGGAAGGGGAACGCGCAGAUCCUGCAGGCCCACCACGACGCCCACGGCAGCCUGGAGGAGUCAAAGUUACAGGAACUGGCUCAGGCCAGUGGUUUAACAGCAGAUUUGGUGCGACACUGGUUCUCUAUGAAGGCGACGGAACAGUCUGCUGCAGCUCGUGCGACAGGAGCAGGACCAGUUGCACCAGAUGCAGCAGCUGAGCCUCGAUCAGCAGGAUCCUCCCCCCUGGAGCCGCAGCCAGGAGGAGGGACGGAGGAAAAAAUGGAGCAGUCGGUGUGUGGUGUCGCAGCAGAAGCGGAGGAGGAGGCCGAUGCUGACAAGACUGUGAAUCCUACUAAAGAAACUGAUUGAGGCGACCUUUUGUCUGAGGAUGGAGUUCCCAACGCAGGUGGUCUUUGUGUCUGAGAAAAAGGCGGCAGAUG